CCAGGUCUAAAUAUACCCAUCCGGGCGGUGAGGUCGCGUUACGUCACCCGGAGCGGUCGUGUGUUUCUCAAAUGGAGAGAAACGCAGCGGACGCACGCGGCGAUGUCAACGUUACAGAAGUGGCGUGGAGACGGUGCGACGCGGACGCAGCUCGUGACUCCAUCAUCUUGUCGCCGGGAGGCGUUGACGGGAGACACAAGUCAAUAAAUGCUGCUGCGGCACCGGACGGUCCAGUCGGAGUCUCCUGCUUCCCGAGGCCGACGAUUGUAAUAUUGUGACCCUUGACCCUCAGGCAGACCAUGGGUAACGGAAUAAACAAGGUUCUGCCUAAUCUGUAUCUGGGGAAUUUCAAAGAUGCUCGAGACCCGGAGCUGCUGGCGCGGCACAACAUCACCCACAUCUUGUCGAUCCACGACGCAGCUGCGCCGGUCCUGGAGGACAUGAUGUACCUCUGUAUAUCUGCUGCCGACCACCCCAAGCAAAACCUGAUCCAGUACUUCAGAGACAGCAUCACGUUCAUCCACGAGUCCCGGCUGAAGGGAGAAGGCUGCCUCGUCCACUGCGUGGCCGGAGUGUCCCGCAGCGUGACCCUGGUGGUGGCCUACAUCAUGACGGUGACGGGACGGGGCUGGGUGGAGUCCCUGGCGGCGGUGAGGGCGGCGAGGCCGUGCGCCGGACCCAACCUCGGCUUCCUGCGGCAACUGGAGGAGUUUGAAAACGCAGAGCUGACAGAAUAUCGAGCCUGGUGGACGGAGCGGUACGGGAAGCGCACGUUCAGCGACGACCAGGAGGUCGAGGCUCUCUUGACCCGGAGGUCCACCUGCAGCAGCGGCAUCACCAGUGGAACCUGAGAUCCGGGCCGGGCCCGGAGGACCGUGGAGCCUCUUUGAGCCCCAGAGCGGCCGCUUCAUGCGUUUUCGCCCUGCAGAGAGAAACGGCAGCAGAAACACCCGACUCUAUGUGGAAUCCAUAUUUGGUAUUUUUUUGUUGCAGUCGUAUGAUUGUGGGGGGUUUUGAAAAUGUGUUCUUUCUUAUGUCAUCAUCUCAAGCUCAUCACGUCGUUGCCUCUAACUGUCAAAACAACAUGCAAGGGCAGUCAAGCAGGACUCCAGGGAAAUAUGUACUGUACAUGCAGCAGAGGGCUCCUCCCCCCCCCUCCUCCUCCCCCCUUCAGUUAUGUUAUGCUCUGUCUGAUACUUGAAAUAUGACUGUGACUUUCUAUAGACAGUGUGAAUGCCGACGGACACUGUAUCGUCCUGUAGAAACACCGUCAGAAGGCUGAAUGUUUUGUUUUUGUGAAGGGAACAAUUAUGAAAAUUUAAAUCUGGAUAUAUGUAAACAUAUAUAUCACAUGUGCAUGAAUCUGCUCCAGAGAAGAAAAGUUAUUUUCAAAGAGAUUUUGUUCAUGAACUGAAAGGGAAAAUAUAUAAAGAUAUUAUUAAUGUUCUUAUUAAUACCGGGGGAAAGUAUUUACUCCUUAGUGGUGGAAGUAUUCGGAUCAUUUACUUCAGUAAAAGUAUGAAAACCCCAAAGUCAGAAUAUUCAUUUACAGACAAAAGUCAUGAUUUCGAAAACUUACUUAAGUAAAAGUUUGAAACGUUCACCUAUACAUAUAUAUAGAUAUAGAUAUAUAUCUAUAUCUACAUAUAUUCCAAAGAAUAUUAAAGAAUAUGAAACCAUAAAAUUAAUCGCACCUCCACCAUAAUACAACAAUAUGAGUAGUAACGAUCUAUUAAUAUAACAAUGAUAGUGGUUUUACUUUCACACUUUUCACGAGUUUCUCGAUUUCAUAAUUUUACUUCACUACUUUUCUUUGUUGAAAAAAAAUUGUUGCACUUUGUUUUCAUCUAUAUUCAUCUGACAGAAAUCUGAUCAUGACUUUAUAGAAUAUAUAUAACACGAGGUAAAUACAGCUCACAGGAAUGUGAUGAUAUAUGAUGUUCAUUUAAUUCAUAAUCUGUAACGUUGCAUUGGUGUUGAUAUUCUACUGUAGUAAUCUGUCUAUUGUCCAUAACACCAGCAGGAGCCUUGAACGCAUGUACUUUUAAUAAUUAAUACAUAUUUUUCUUCAUGUACUUUUGCUUGAAAUUGAGUAUUUUUUUCCUUAAAUAAACAUUAUUAAAAACAUAUUUCUGUUUA